GCUUUUUGGGAUUCCCCGCUAAGUCACGGAAUCAAUGUGUUUGUAGGAAUUGUCCUGUGCUUCACAAUGCUGGGCCUAGGGUGUACGGUAGAUGUGAGCCAGCUUGGGGAACAUAUCCGCAGACCCAUCGGGGUUCUGCUGGCGCUAGUGUGCCAGUUUGUUAUCAUGCCCCUGGUCGCCUUCCUGCUUGCUUUGGCAUUCUCUCUCGACGAUGUGGCGGCUAUGGCCGUGCUACUGUGUGGCUGCUGUCCAGGAGGAAACCUAUCCAACAUCAUGUCGUUAUUAGUGAACGGGGAGAUGAAUCUGAGCAUCAUCAUGACCAUUUCCUCCACGGUCCUGGCGCUGGUUCUGAUGCCUCUGUGUCUGUGGAUAUAUAGCCGCGCCUGGAUCAACACCCCGGUGGUCAACCUGAUGCCGUUCGGCGCGAUCAUCCUCACCCUCUGUAGCACUCUCAUCCCCAUUGGCCUGGGGGUCGUGCUCCGGUACCGCUACAACCGGGCGGCGGACAUCGUUUUAAAGUUGUCUCUGUGGUCUCUGCUGGUGACCCUGGUGAUGCUGUUCAUCAUGACGGGGGCCAUGUUGGGGCCAGAGCUGCUGGCCACCAUCCCUCCAUCUGUCUAUGUGGUGGCUGUCCUGAUGCCUGCAUGUGGCUACGCUGCAGGCUACGGCCUGGCCACCCUCUUCGACCUACCGCCCAACAGCCGCAGGACCGUGUCCCUGGAGACCGGGUGCCAGAACGUGCAGCUCUGCACAGCCAUCCUGAAGAUGGCCUUCCCACCACAGCUGAUGGGGGGCAUGUAUAUGUUCCCUCUGCUCUACGCCCUCUUCCAGGCCGCCGAGGCCGGCAUCGUCAUCCUGGCCUACCGGAUGUACAGGAAAGAGGUUCUACACAAACCAGACACAAACUCACCAGGGGACAACAGGGGUAUUGGAUAUGAUAGGUUUGAAGACGAGGAUAUGGGUUUUGACAAUUCUUACGGGGCGGUGACCACGAGUGACCCAAAUCUCAUCAUGCUGGAGCCUUGUCCGGACUCUACUCCUGUUUAG